UUAGGAUGUCUUUCCAACCAUCGAGGAGGGAGGGGAUAUUUUAAUGGCCGUCACUUGCACUUAAAAAAUACAAAAACUCCGGAUUAUCAGCUAUAUUUAGACAAGUACAGCUUCCUAUACAUUUUAGAACGCCUUUCUUUCGCAAUAAACGCAACAUCUAAAACAUAAUUAAAUUAGAAAUGUGUUUGUAGUGCCUUUUCCGUUGCUCUGAACGGACUUUACCCGCUUGAUUUGUGCGUGAGUAGCUGGUUAGGCCUCGCCGGCUGUCUGGAGACGAGACGAUUAGCUGGAGUUGAAAGAGAAUAUGUAACAAACAACAACCAGCAUGACAUCAAGAUUUGGUAAAACAUACAACCGCAAGGGAGGGGAGGCAAAUUCAAAGUUUGAAGAAGUCUUUUCCAAUAAAAAGCCCUCUCUGUCCACCAAAUGGGGAGAAACUACAUACAAGGCUCAGCUGGGAACCAAAAGGCCUCUCUUAAAACCCGGUGUCCCUGAGGUCUCAAAGAGACCCAGGCUUGAGGACAGUGACAAUGAAGAAGACCCAUUUGGGUUUGACAGCGAUGAAGAGUCUAAAACUGUAGCCUCUCACAGUGAGUCUGGUGCGAAACUCAUAGAGGAGGGGGUGACAGAAACUGCUCAAGUGCAAAGUAGAGUAACUGCUGCUGUUGUGACUGCCACACAAGGCUCUGCAAGUAUACCUGCUACAUUCACAAGUAACCAACCAUCAGAGAAGAAUGUUAAAAACAACCAGCCCUGGUACAAAAGUGCAUUAGAAAGCAAUCAGAAACCAGCAUGCCCAACCUCGUUUUCAGACACGGUUCUUUCUCAAAACCAGAACAUCUCCGUGUCGCAGACAGCUGCUUCCUCUACUUCUGGUUUAGACUCCUCCCUCAAACUGUCAGCUGAUGCGCCAGGAGGUAGCAAACACUUUCAAACUCCUUCCUCCUGUGAUGGAUCUUUAUCAGAGGAACUAAAGAUGGUGGUGCCCAUGGAGCCUCCACCAGAGCCAGUAGACAACAUUCCCCCAUCGCCAUUCACUCUAAGAGCCUCAAACUGCAAGAAAUACCAGCGGCCCAGUCGGCCUGAUAAAAUUCUAUCUGAAGCUGCUGAAAACGACAACGAGAAGCUGACCGACAUAGCGAGUGUUCAAGAUAAAACCAACAGUGUCCUUUCUGCUAGUGCAACUAAUACUGCUGCCAGUGUUAAAACAGCAGCUAAGCCUGCAGGCAGAGGUGGUGGGAGGGUGCGAGACUACACAGUUCUGCAUCCCUCCUGCGUGUCAGUGUGCAACGUUACUAUCCAGGACUCAAUUGAGCGGAGCGUUGAUGAGUUAGUCCCCCCGGCUACCCCCGCUGACCUUGGAGAAGCAGGGCUUAUGAAGAAGAAGUCUGAUGCACAGCCACCUAAAUCUACUCGGUUUAGACCCACCCAAGCAAAGGUAAAAAAGACUAAAACGGAGACAAAACUGGAGUUCUUUGGCUUUGAGGCGGAAGAUGGUGAGCAGGAAGAGGAGAGCUCGGAGAGUGGAAUGCCAGGAAAGAGCAGCUACAAGAUCAAGUAUUUUGGCUUUGAUGACCUGAGCGAGAGCGACAGCGAUGACGAGAGCUCUCAGGUCAAAGAGAAAAGGGCCAAGAAGGCAGCUUUAGCUUCCCUGAGCUCCGGGGUGGACAGUCCUCACACGAGUGAUUCUCAGGACAGUCAAGCCAGCAGCAACACAGAUGCUUUUGAGUUCUCUGACGACUCCAGCCCCGCUGGCAUCGAUGGACCGAAAGGACGACCGACGAAGGCGGGUGACAAAUCCAAGGAUUCCAUCUGUGGGUUAAAAAAGAUAUUUAGUGGACCCAAAAAGUCCCCCUCUAAAGCGGUGUACAACGCUCGCCACUGGAACCAGCCAGAGCCCGAGGAGGUACCUGCUCCUCCCCUUUCCCGAUCACACACUGCUCCGGCCGUGUUAUCAAGCAGCAGCAAGGACAGCAACUCCCAUAAAGACGACGGCUUGUUCAAAGCUCCUCCACCACCACCAAAAGUCAUUAAGUCAGAGACCAUGCCCACACGACUCAACCAGGAUAUUGUCACUGCACUAAAAUGCAGGAAGGAAGACAAAGAGCUUUACACGGUGGUGCAGCACGUGAAGCACUUCAAUGAUGUGGUGGAGUUCGGAGAGAAUCAAGAGUUCACGGAUGACUUUGAGUAUCUGGAAACGGGACUAAAGAGCAGUCAGCCGCUCAACACAAGAUGCCUUAGUAUAAUCAGCUUGGCCACGAGGUGCGCCAUGCCCGGCUUCAGGAUGCACCUGCGCGCUAGAGGGAAAGUGGCUCAGGUCUUCAAAAUUCUCAGUGAUGCUCCACAACACCCGAACCUCGCUCUGUGCACAGCUGCCUUGAUGUAUAUUCUGAGUCGAGAUCGUCUCAACAUGGACCUCGAUAGAGCUUGUUUGGAGCUAAUGAUCAAGCUGCUGGAGCAGGACCACGAAUACUCGGGCAACGAGGAUCAGCUCACCGAAAAGGAAGUGGCGAAGGUCAAAGAAAAGAUCAGGAAGCUGUGCGAGACGGUGCACAACAAGCAUCUGGAUUUAGAAAACAUCACGACGGGCCACCUCGCCAUGGAGACCUUGUUAUCUCUGACCUCCAAGAGGGCUGGCGAUUGGUUCAAAGAAGAACUGCGGCUGCUGGGAGGCCUGGAUCACAUUGUAGACAAAGUGAAAGAGUGUGUGCUGAACCUGAGUCAAGAAGACGACAAGGAGAGUCUGGUAGCAGCUCUCUGGGGAGCUGAGAGGUGCCUGAGGGUGCUCGAGAGCGUGACCGUGCAGAACCCAGAGAACCAGAGCUACUUGAUUGCAUACAAAGACUCUCAACUUAUCAUCUCCUCUGCCAGAGCUUUGCGGUACUGUGAGGAUAUGAUCCAGCGGUACAGCAGGGCGUUAAACAACAGCUCCGUGUCAUCGGCGGCUGCAACGCUGCCACACUGUAGCUUCAGCAACGUGGGAAAGGCUGUGGAAGACUGUAUGAGGGCUGUCAUCGGGGUGCUGCUCAACCUCACCCACGACAACGAGUGGGGAAGCACCAAAACAGGUGAGCAGGAGCAGCUAACAGCCACCGCUCUCAACUGCGUCCUUCGAGUCCCACGCUACAUCCCCCAGGAGCAGCGCUUUGACGUGCGAGUAUUGGGUUUGGGGCUUCUGAUUAACCUCGUGGAGUACAGCUCCAGAAACCGCCACUGUCUGGUGGAGAUGGAGUACAUCGUGGAUGACGCUUGUUUGGAAGACAGCCUGAUGCAAUCUGCUGAGCUAACACAAUCUGAGGAAGCGACACAGCCAGCCGAGGCCCAGGGAGAUGGUGCUGACACGCCCAAGUCUUCUGGAGUUUUGGCUGCCCUGGUGAAGCUCUUCCUUGAGAGGGAACGUGCUGCCAUCCUGGCCGAGGCGAAGACGGACGACCUCAUCAGUGAGGCUCCCAAGCCGGCCCUGGACCAAAGUGGAGAGUGGCAGGAGACGUCCGGAGAGAUCCAGUGGGUGGUGUCUGAGACCAACGACAGCCAACCUGAAAAUAAAGAAGAGGAGGAUGAAGAGUUGGACCUAAAUAAAGCUCUGCAGCACGCAGGCAAGCAUAUGGAGGACAGCAUCGUGGCCUCCUACACCGCUCUGUUACUAGGCUGCAUUUGUCAGGGCAGCCAGGACAACGUGACUACUGUGAGAGAGCACCUACCUAAAGGGGAUUUCUCCAUCAUGACAGAAAUGCUGAAGAAGUUUUUGAGUUUCAUGAACCUCACUUGUGCAAUGGGCACCACAGGACAGAAGUCCAUCUCACGGGUCAUUGAAUACCUGGAGCACUGUUAACACACAGUGAACCACGGCGAACUCUGCACAUUUAAAGGGAUCCCAGCCUGCCCUGGUCGCCCCCGCCCCCACAAACAGCAGCAACAAGGGGCCAUGGGAGUUGCACUUCCUCGUCUUCGCAUGAUCACACAAACCUGUGAUCACUCACUGAUACACACACACACACACACACACACACACACACACACACACACACACACACACACACACACACACACACACACACACACGCGCGCGCACACACACGCACACACACGCUUCAGUCUCUUUCUGGAGCACAGCCUGAACCAAAGCCCUGCUAGCUGACAGACGUGUACAUUUCCUACUUUUAUUCAACCAACAUUAAGUCUGAAUCAGAUUCACCCUCAGACAGGAAUUGUGUGCAAAAGCUAGACUAAAUAAUCCCGCAAGCUUCUCGGGAAUCCAAGGAACGUCGAGUGUAAUGGCCUCAAAGCAGCGAGGGAGAGAAAAGGGCCACAGAAGAGGAGACUCCUGCUCCCUGUCAGGUGGUGAUUUCUGGCCGUGUAGUUGGAGUGUGAGGCUUUGAAUCAGAUUUUAUGGAUCAUUACAUUUUAUUCUCUGCCUAUCUACGUCCAAGCCAAGGGUGAAAUAAUUGAUCAGCAGGGAAAUCAAUCAUUUUUAUGUCUGUAUGGAGGUCGGCGUGGGACGAUGUUGAAUGCAGACAUUUAUUCGUGUUCUCAGAUAGACUGAAUGUUUAAGGGAAAGGAGAUUUUAAGCUUUGGUUUUUGUGCCCAAGAGUGUUUUUUAGAUUCAGUUUAUUACGUUUUUAGGUUUUUCCCUAAAUCCUUUUAAAAACGACUGCUGUUAAAGGAGUCGGGACAGCUCGACCAUCUUCCGAUUGAUGAACAGCUUAAAAAAUUCUCAUGAUUUCUGUUUCCUCGUCACCCAUAUUCUGAUCGUAGCUGCAGGUUAUUUAAAUUUAAAAUAAUUCCAUGGAAUAAUUAUGAAAUGCUUUUUAACUUCAUACUAUGUGGGAUGAAUUGCUCCAGAUUUCCAGAGUGUUUUUUUUUCUUAUUUGUAAUGGAAAAUUCUUUAAAGAUGUAUUUAAUUUAAUAUUUUUUUCCUUUCUGUAAACACAAAGCCCUCCCCUGGUUAAAUGCUGUUGCGUUUUACUAUGAGUCAUAAUUUAAUAGAUCAGCUUGCAUGCUGGACACGAGUGUUUAAGCUGCGUUUAAAUCUGUGGAUCAGGAGACAUGACUAAUGAUGAUAGCUAAUCGACUUAGUGACUCAUCCUUCCCAUUCAUCAUAAUGUCUGCUUUUUAAAAUCUGUUUAUUUAUUCUGCUGUUGUCAUUUACUUGUGAUUAUGCACCUGAACCUCCUAAAAGCCUCUGUCGUGUACUGCUCACAUGUACGAUCACUGAAACCGAAUUACAGCCAUACCUGUAUAAACGUCAGUUUAGUCUGGUUUGUAGAGCUGCAGUGAACAGAACUGCAACUGUGUUUACUGUUGAUUACUUUGCAAAGUUUUUGGUCUAAAUGGAAUUUUAGAAUGUAAAUACUCGUGUACAUAGCGGCUAAUGGACAUUUAAAUUGCAUAGAUUUCCCCCCCCCCCCCCCCCCCCCCAAGCUCUAAUAUUUUUAUUUUAUACAAUAUUAGAGAUGUUUGAAAAAGCAAAAAAUUGCAAGAAGUGGAAAAAAAAAAGUUUGUACCCAUUUUAAGAACAUUGUCUCUGGUUACGUGUAAAUAAUUGUAUCUCAAACUGUUAAAAAAUUGCUACUUUCAGUAAACUUGUGUGUUUUAUUUC